GGAACUUCGUCGCAGACCUCAAGUUUGGCGAGGAAAAUGACAGCAUAGAGCGUGUUUGGGUAGGGACACAGGACGACUUGGUAUUGUUUAAAAGAAAAGUUGUGUGAUAGAUACACACGUUGGUUUUCGUGCCAAGUGAGAGAAUUUGUGCGCAGGCCUAUAAAUUUUUAGUCUAGUGGGACAUUGAUGUUGCUGACUUGUUAGGAACACGCUCCUUGCCAUAAGUUCCUGGGUGAGACAGUCCUCACAUACAUGGAGUUCCAGUUGGACAGUGGAGAGUAUUGCCAGGCUCAGCACAAAUAAACUGUCAGCGUCCUAGUUAAAUCGCUCCUCAGGUAGACAGGCAGUCUCCAGACCUCUCUCCGUUCUGCCCCAUUCCACAAGGUCCAGAAGAAAUUGGCUAUUGAGAAACCGCACCGGGCAGUGCUAUCUGGUGAGCCCCACAGGAAGAAAACUCACCUUUGUUCAGAAUCUUUUGAAUGGGCUGAAAAUUGACAUCCACGAUAGCUCUGUCGUCAGAGUUUGGGCAAGGUGUUUCCAAGGUCGGAUUGGAUAAUAGGUUAACAUCGGGGUUUAGGGAGUUGAACAGAAGAGACGAAGAGUGUCGAGGUAAGGGAUUCCCGGAGGAGGAAAACAGAGUGUGGCUUAUUUUCCGGGCCCAUCAGGUCGCCAAAUUCGGUGCGAGUUUUGUCGUCAUAUCGUGAAAUAGUGCGCGAAUUUUUUUUAAUACAUAAAUAUACGUAAAUAUAAAUUGGUGUUGUGUGACUCCAGUUCCCAAUUCCUGGCCUCUGGAUGUAAAAAUUUUUUUAAAGAAUUUUCGGUAAACAUUUUAAAAUCAGUUUCGCCCGUUGGUCAGUCUUGAGUUGAGCUGUUCAAGCAAGACCCUUUACCAGCCAAUUUUAUAAAUUAUACCAGUAUCUUUUUCUUCUUCUAAAGAACACAUUUUUGUUGCAUGUAGUGCUGUGCUAAAGUGUGAGUGGAUUUAAAACGAAAAUAACUCUAAUUUUAGUUUUUCUCUCUUUUUUCUCUGCUAGUUUAUUUGGUCAACCAACGUUCUUGCGUAUCAAGAAAUAUAAAGACAAAAUAUGCUUUUUUAAGUUCUUCAGUCAAGCCAAACAUAAGUGAUAGAUCUGAAUUAUUUUCUCCUGCACAAGACAUCACUGGUAACUUGUAAGAGUGAUUAAUUUUUUUUGGCUUUUCUGACAAGGUGGAGUGAAUCGUCACUUGACAAGACUUGUUUUGUUUUCUCUCUCCCUUCUUUUUUUGACUUUGACAUUCAACAGUGUUUUAUCUUCCACGUGUGUAAAAAACACGCAAACCGUAUAUUAGCAGCAUUAAACAGUGAUCUUCCUUUUCCUUCUAUUUUGAAAAGGAGCUGGACUAUCUUUUUUCUCUGUCAUCGUUUCCGAGUCUUCUAGUGGAGCAGUAUUAUUGUCUUGAUUCAACACUGCUACAAGAAAAAUACAAGUGUUCAGUUGAAUACAAUUUUUUUUUAUAUUCAUCACUGUGAAAUGUCAGUGAGUACCGCCAACAUGCGUCUUAAAGAUAUCCGGCCAGCUCCUUGCGAGAUAGAAUACAAGAACAUGAAGUUCCUCAUCACAGAUCGGCCCACCGACCAGAACAUCCACACAUACAUCCAGGAACUGAAGAAACAUAAAGUCAGGGAUGUAGUCAGAGUGUGUGAACCAAGCUACAAAAUCGAGGAACUGAUGAACGAAGGCAUCAACGUCACUGACCUCGAGUUUGAUGAUGGAACUCCUCCUCCUGUUCAGAUAGUUGAGGAGUGGUUUGAGUUAUUGAAGAAAAGGUUCCGAGAAAACCCCGAUUCCUGUGUAGCUGUGCACUGUGUAGCUGGCCUAGGUCGGGCCCCAGUGAUGGUAGCACUUGCACUAAUUGAGCUGGGAAUGAAAUAUGAAGAUGCAGUGGACUUCAUUAGGCAGAAGAGACGUGGUGCCAUCAAUGCAAAACAGCUGGCUUACCUCGAGAAAUACCGUCCUAAGUCUCGCCUUAAACUGAAGAAUGGCCACAAGAAUGCUUGCUGCAUCCAGUAAGCAGUGAACUUCAUGACAAACCAGCAAAACCAAUAAAUAAAUCCCUUGUGCUGUAUCCAUCACAUUAGGUUUUCUUGUUCAUCAGGUGGAUGAAUGAUGUUGCUUUGUUUUGUUCAGGCCGUUGAAGAUUUUAAUUUUAAUUGGUUAUACUCGAUAGCUAUUGACUGAAUAGACAUCUCGUCUUUUCAGACAUACGUUUAGAAACUCCGUAUAAUAUGUAAGAACAGUAUGUUUUAUAAUCAGUUUCUAUUGGCUGCUGCUGCAUUUCUUGUUUUCAAAUUUGAAAUUACGUGGAACUGUAGAAAAUAUUUCUGCAGAGACAUGUAGUUUGUUUUGGAUUUAGGAAUGGUUUUAUGGAGAUUGAAUCAGGAGUGUUUUCAUAAUUUGACUGCAGUUAUUUUCAUACACUAUAAAAGUGAGUGUUUUAAAUUGGAUUUUAGUAACUGGUAUGCACUUUGGUGUAGGGUUAGAGAGAUAUAACAUAAGAGAGGAACUGAGAAGUAGGAAGUUUGUUUACGUGAUGCAGAGCUACUGUAAAUAUUUUCUUGAUCAAAGCACUGCCGAAAAAGUAUCAGGUUUUGUACAGUAAUGAAACACUGUGUUCACAAAAAGUAUAUAUAUGGAGUCCUAAAAUGGUAAAUUAGCAUAAAUUUCUGAGUAGUGCUGCAUAUGUAUAUUCAUUUUCCAACUUUAUUUGAAGCUCAAAGCAAAACAAAGAAGGUAAAAAGAGUAAAACUUGAUUUCAAAUAAUCAAAAUUAUAAUUUUCUAUUCAAUUUUAAAAUAAAUUAGGUAAAAGGGUCAUAAAACUGAUUAAGAAAACUUUUUUGCAGGGCAGUUUCGGCAGCUUUGAGCUGAGCAUGGAAAGGAUGAAUCAUGCAAGUUAUGUAUCUGUAAAAAAAAAAAAAAAAAUUAAUACAAUUAAGGGUAUUUAUGAUACACGAUGUAUGAAUGUUCAUUUUUAUUUGAAAUUAAACACUGCAUAAAUUGCUACAACUUUUGAAUUAGCUCUUUCUAUGAACUUGGUUUGUUUUUGUUGUGUUCAAAAUUUAUUAGUGGUUUCUAGAACAAUUUUUGUGUGUAUAUUGGAUCUGUGUAAAGCCUAACAUUAAAAAAAGGCUCCAUAAGUCUGAGAUGGCCAAAUGGUUUUUCAAAAAUGUUUAAAAUUAAUAUGAAAAGAAAGAGAAGUUUUAAUGAAAUUUUUAAAAGUUUGGAAAGAGUCGAUUAUAGGUAAUACCAGCAUGUAAUUUCUGUAUUUCACCCAGACUACAGCAGUAAUUGCCAAGGUUUGCUUAGAACAAAAAUUUAUGUUAGUAAUUGUUCCCAGUCAAGAAUGAUACUGUUUGUUGUUCCACACUUGAAUGUAACAGACUUUCAAAGAAUGUGAAGAUGGAAAUGUGCAGUAACUGAAUUUGUCUUCUGCUAAAAAAUGAAUAAAAAUAAAACUGGUUUUCCUGGA